UAAAUUUAGUCCAGCCAGGAGAAUUUGAACAUUUUUCUCAGCUUAGAAAUUUCAGUGCCAGAGCUAAAGUUGUAGCUAGUCGUGCUCGCAUUCAGUUGGUCCAUCAAAACAUGGCUGGUCUUCGUGCACCUAGGGCGGGCUCUGCUCGGGAGCAACAGAUUAAGGUAGAGAAUUCUUUCGACUCCGAGGAGGCCCUGAAAUGUCUGGCGUGGAUCAGGGAGGUGACGGGAGACAACAUCCCCCUGGAGACUGUGAUGGACAACAAACACAAGGUCUCGGAGUUUUUCUACAGGACGCUCAAGGACGGCCUUCUGUUGUGCAAACUGGUCAACGCCAUAGUGCCAGACGACAUACAGAUCAACACACGGACUCAGACGUUUAAAAAAAGCAACAACGACGCCUUUGAAUCAGCCAAAGAGAGAGCCAGGAUAGAACUCUUCACGCAAAAAAUUCAGGAAUAUGGCGUGCCAGAGAACAUGGCCUUUCAGACUGACAACCUGUACGAGAAGACCAACCUGCCUCAAGUCUGCUCAGCCAUCCGAAACUUUGGCAUUGAGGCCGAGAGCAGGCCCAGCUACUCUGGCCAGCGGGUGUGGCCCAGGAAGGCUGAGACAAACCGCAGGAACUUCACGGAGGAGCAGCUGAGGGCCAGCGAGGGGGUCAUCAACUUGCAGAUGGGCUCCAACAAGGGCGCCACCCAGUCCGGCAUGAACUUCGGCAAGAAGAGAAUGAUCACAAAGGAUUAGAUUGGUUUAGAAAAUAUUCUUAACAAAUUUCAUGUCUGAUCUCUAAACAUUAUUUGGCCUGGAACAUUUUUUUCUCACCGGCAAUGCCCGGCCAUCCUAAAAUUUCUAACUGGUUUGAUUAAUCACGUGAUCUCAUGCUAUUAACUACAGAUAUAAAUCUAGCAAGAUAAUAUUUUUGGUACAAAUAAGGUUAGAAAAAAUAUGUUCUGGGCUAAUAUGGAUCAGACGUUUAUCUAAAUAUUUUCAACUGCUAGGUCUGUAUAUAACAGCCAUUACGCCUCUUGUGUGUAUCUUUAUGACUGAGAUGUUGUCGCUACCGUAUGCAGGAAUCAUACAUUUGCUAAGGUGGUGGUGCUAAGUAUUUCCAUGGUUUAUAAACCCAUGCACCAGUAAUGAAAGUGUCCAGGAUCCAGCAAUAUGGGGGGCUCUGUCUGGGGCUCGCAGGGGCAACUACUGUGUUAGUCAAAGCUGGAACACGGAUAAUUAGCAAUAAGGAAAAGAAAAUCAGAUAAUUAGCCGUCAUUAAAAACUAGUAUCCAUACCUAUAUAAUGACAUAUAGGCUAGCUAAAUAACUAAACACAUAUUUCCCACCCCGAGCCCAUAUUACUUUGUAAACGUCACAACCAAGACAUAUGAAGCUAACUAAUGGACAACCACAUCAAAAGCCAAACAAAUAUCUGAAAUGAGAAUAUUGUGUAAGUUAUUUAUAAAAUUGUGUUCGCAUUGUUUCUAUAAUGUAAAACUAUCAUUGUAACCCUUUAUGCUAAUUUUAUUGAAUGCAUAUUGUCACGCUAUGUUCUCCCCUACGCAACAGAGUGACGCCAUGUUUAUGUGGCACGCAGAUUGUUUUAUGUGCGUUAGUUGACUGAUUGACGUUAGUUGACUGAUUGACGUUAGUUGACUGAUUGACGCAAGACUAAUUGUUGCUUGGGUACCUAUUGUUGUAAAUUAAAGUUGAAUUCUUCAUACA